AUGAGGAGCCAAUGUCUCACAAUUAUUAGCUGCUACCUUACACCAAGCGAUAGCAUCGCUGACUUCCAAGCUAAAUUGGACAAUAUUGAAGACACAGCUCGCCAAAUAAGCGGGCACACCAUCAUCGCCGGAGACUUUAACUCUAAGGCCAUGGAAUGGGGUAGUCGAACAACAAACCCGAGAGGCCAACGAAUAAUAGACAUGGCCGCUAGACUACGACUCGCCGUUGCAAACGUGGGCAAUAAAGCUACCUUUCGAAGACCAGGGUGUGAAGGCACAAUUCCGGAUAUAACUCUAGUGUCUGAAAGCUACGCAAACAAAAUACGUGAAUGGACAGUUCUGGAAGAUUACAAUGGCAGUGACCACCAGUACAUUACCUACUGCGCCGGAGAGACAAACGCUAACGCAACGAAACGCAUCAAAAGCUCGCGGAAGUGGAAUACAUCAAAACUUGACAAAGCAAAACUUAUAGCUAAAAUUGACGAGGAGCAACCACACCACGAAGAGCCAAGUAGCGCCAGACACAAAGUAGAGAUGACGCUGAGAAGGAUAAUGCAAGCGUGCUCAGCAGCAAUGCCCAAGAUCAAAAGCGCACACCCAAAGAAGUCCGUGUACUGGUGGACAAACGAAAUCCGCGAUCUGAGGCAUACGUGCAUCAGCAAAAGAAGAAAGUAUACAAGAGCACGAAGAACCAGCCUCGCCACAACAGAGCACGCCGAAUACAAAGCCGCAAAAAGCACCCUAAAGACGGCCAUCCUGGAAAGCAAGAAAGAAAAAUGGGAGGAACUUCGGCGCGAUAUAAACCAAAAUCCCUGGGGCUUAGGAUAUAAACUCGUGCUUAACAAGCUCGGAGCAAGGCAGCCACCUCCUGAACUAAGCGAAGCCACUAUGGAAAACAUAGUGAAUACACUCUUCCCCACACAUGACCUCAUGGCAGAUAGAGUUGACGAGGAAAAUACCGACCCACCCCCGCUUUUCACGGUAGAGGAACUGAGAGACGCAGCUGCAACCCUCAAAAAUAACAAAGCGCCAGGUCCUGCGGGAUUCCAUCGGAGGGUUUGA